CCACAUCCUAGGCCCACACUCUUUGAUCCAUCCAAUGUUUCAAUUAUAAGUACACCUCGAACGUAACGAAGCUAAUCACAAUCAUCUCAUCUACUAUAACCACAUCCAAAUCACUCUCAUUCUUCCAACCAAAUCAAACAAACACCAUGGGUUUGCAGGAGGAUUUUGAUCAGUAUGCUGUGAAAGCCAAGACUCUGCCAGACAGUACAUCUAAUGAAAGCAAACUUAUUCUCUAUGGAUUGUUCAAGCAAGCCACUGUUGGACCUGUCAACACCAGCCGUCCUGGGAUGUUCAACCCGAGGGACAGAGCUAAAUGGGAUGCAUGGAAGAAUGUUGAAGGGAAAUCCAAGGAGGAAGCAAUGAACGAUUACAUCACAAAAGUGAAACAGCUGCUGGAAGAAGCCGGCUUGGCUGCUUGAUAAUAUUGUGUCAUGUGUUAUUUUGUGAUUCUGUUCCAAGAGUUUCAAUGUGUUUGGAAAUAAAACAAUUGCAGUAUUUGAUGUUUGAUCUAAAACUCUAAUGUAAGAUCUUAUUUAUUGGUGAUGAGUUAGAUAUGUUGCUGCUUUGAGUUCA